AUGACCACCGACGCACACAACACCACCACCGAUCCUACCUUGGGCACCUCUGGAAACGGCGGCACCACGGGCGGUAGCCACAACACUGGUGACACCUCCGGAAAAGCGACAUACACCUCCUCCGACGCCUCGACCGCCCCUCACGCGCCCUCUACGCACAAGAUCCUCGGCGACAUCAAGGGCGCGGUGCACGGCGUGACGGGCUCCCUCCAAGCCGCCACGGGGACCAUGUUCGGACAGAAAAACAUGGCCGAAAAGGGCUUUGACAAGAUGAGCGACGAGGAUGCGCGCCUAGCGGCAAAGACCGGGAAACCGCCCGUGGGGACGGAUCAGAGAGGCACUGUCCCGGAAUCUAACACUUCUACCACUACUACCACUACAUCUGCCCCCGGGGCCGCCGCAGCCGAGCACGGGCACGGGAGGGGUCUUCCUCAUGAGCGAACUUGA